AUGAACUUAUCUCAAUCCAUCUCAAACGCGUCUCGAUCGUCCGCUGAGUACUUAUCAACUGAGUUCUCUUCGGUUGCAUGCGAAGUCGGGGAUCCUUUUGCGCAACUAGCAGUAGAGGUCGAGCAGCAGCCAUUCACUAGUAACGCGAGUUUACGAAACUCCCUGGAGCGCCGUCAACGAGAACUUCAGCAAGACAAGACUCGAGAUCAGUACCUCGUCUUUACGUCUAUUCCCCUGGCGCUGUUUUGCAGACUAAGUGAUGAUCGGUCUCGAACAAGCAAGUACUGUCGAUUUUCUUAUAACACAGAAACCGGGAUUUUGAUCGCAAAAAUCGUGCCGAACUCUGCACACGAAGUUGCAAUCAGAUCUUUUGACUCGAUUAUUACUCUCGAGUUACGCGCGAUGAAUAUUCGUCGUGAAAUAAGGCCUUUAGGAUCAACAACAGUGACAGUUGGAAAUUGGAAAAAGGAGGCAGACUGCUCCUGGGCUAUUGUUUCGACACGUUCAAAGCCUAGCUUUGUGGUGGAAGUAGGGUUAUCGGAGUCUGCGCGAAAGCUUGCCCAGGAUGCGCACGGUUGGCUUGAGACUGACUCUUCAUCUGUGAAACUGGUGGUUACGAUCAAUAUCAAACGCGACACCCCUGAGAUUGUCCUACAAAAAUGGGAACUCAUUCCUCGGCGAUAUGGCCUCCUCACAAGAUCAUUCACUCUAUUAGCAUAUCCUACUGCAUCCUUGAAAUUGACCCGCACAAAUAAUACGACAUCUGUCACUGCAGAGCCCGACAUGAACACUACCUACGGGACUGGUACAACUGCGGCCAUCACCCAGCUAAUUCUCCCCUUCGAAAAAAUUGUGGGCCGUCCUGCUCAACAGGGCCCGGAGAGAGACUUUGUGAUACCAGAGUCAGAGCUGAAAACUUUUGCCGAGGAAAUCUGGAGUGAACAGGGUCUCCUAUAA